UUAUCCGGAAUGCGGGUGUGAAAACAUGCGGACGUCAACGCGGCUGAGAGCUGCGGCUGCGCUGGUGAGUUGAUGUGGCACUCGCAGCAGGUUGCAGACGCUGAACUUGACCGGGAUACGAGGUUGAAUUGUUUGGUAAAUCUGGUGUAACGGACCUGAUCAGCAUGUUGCUGCAGAGACUAUCUCUGUGCUCCCGGCUCUCUGUGGGCCCAAAACCCCUCCAGAGCUUCACGAGAUCUGUUUCUCUCGGGAAAAAUCCCUCUACCUCUCCAUCUAUCAGACGUCACGCUGUGCGUCUCUGGAGUAACGUGCCUUUUCUUACAGUGCCGCUGGCGCGUGCCCAUGGUAAGUCGUUCGCACACCGUGGUGAACUGCGACAGGCCAAACGGAUCGUGGUGAAACUGGGCAGCGCUGUGGUAACUCGAGGUGAUGAAUGUGGUCUCGCACUCGGGAGGCUUGCCUCUAUUGUGGAACAGGUGGCAAUGCUGCAGAACCAAGGCAGAGAAAUGAUGAUUGUCACAAGCGGAGCUGUAGCAUUUGGGAGACAGAGACUGAGGCAUGAGAUUCUUCUCUCUCAGAGCGUCAGACAAGCCCUUCAUUCAGGACAGAAUCAGCUUAAAGACAUGUCUCUACCCGUUCUGGAGGCGAGGGCAUGUGCUGCUGCAGGACAGAGUGGACUGAUGGCACUGUAUGAGGCCAUGUUCACUCAGUACAGCACCUGCACAGCACAGAUCUUGGUCACAAACUUGGACUUCCACGAUGACCAGAAGAGACGAAAUCUGAACAGCACGCUGCAUGAGCUUCUCCGUAUGAACAUCGUGCCCAUCAUCAACACUAAUGACGCAGUGGUGCCUCCCCCAGAGCCUAACAGUGACCUGCAGGGGGUAAAUGUGAUCAGCAUCAAGGACAAUGACAGUUUGGCAGCACGGCUCGCAGUGGAGAUGAGAGCAGAUCUCCUCAUUGCUCUCUCUGAUGUAGAAGGUCUUUAUGACAGCCCUCCUGGGUCUGAUGAUGCUAAAUUAAUUGAUACUUUCUACCCCGGCGAUCAGCAGUCUAUAACAUAUGGCACCAAAUCCAGGGUUGGCAUCGGAGGAAUGGAAGCUAAGGUGAAAGCUGCCCUAUGGGCUCUUCAGGGGGGCACAUCUGUAGUCAUCGCUAACGGCACCCACCCUAAAGUUACAGGCCAUGUCAUCACAGACAUUGUAGAGGGCAAGAAAGUGGGCACCUUCUUUUCUGAGGUCAAGCCUGCUGGGCCCACAGUGGAGCAGCAGACAGAAAUGGCUCGCGCUGCAGGGAGGACACUGGCGUCCCUUCUUUCAGAGCAGAGGAGUGAAAUCAUUUAUGCUAUGGCUGACCUUCUGACUGAGAAGAGAGAUGAAAUUCUGUCAGCUAAUAAGAAGGACAUGGAACUUGCUGUGAAUUCAGGGCGUAUGCCUCCUGCCAUGCUCAAGCGGUUGAGUUUGUCAACAGCUAAGCUGAACAGUCUGGCCAUCGGCCUGCGUCAGAUUGCAGUGUCCUCUCAGGACAGUGUGGGACAAGUACUGCGCAGAACCCGUGUGGCCAACAACCUAGAGCUGGAGCAGAUCACUGUGCCCAUUGGGGUACUACUCGUCAUCUUCGAAUCGCGUCCAGACUGCCUGCCUCAGGUGUCCGCAUUAUCUAUUGCUAGUGGGAAUGCUUUGCUGCUGAAGGGUGGAAAGGAGGCAGCUAACACCAACCGUGUCUUACACGAGCUAGCGCAGGAAGCUCUAUCUAUACAUGGUGUUAGAGAUGCCAUCCAACUGGUAAGCACACGUGAGGAGGUGGAAGACUUGUGUCGGCUGGAGAAGAUGAUUGAUCUGAUCAUUCCCCGUGGUUCAUCUCAGCUGGUCAGAGAUAUCCAGCGGGCUUCUAAAGGCAUUCCUGUGCUGGGUCACAGUGAGGGCAUCUGCCAUGUCUAUGUCGACCAUGAAGCCAGCAUAGACAAAGUCAUAAAAAUUGUCAGAGACUCAAAAUGCGAUUACCCUGCAGCCUGCAAUGCUAUGGAAACCCUGCUAGUUCACAGAGAUGUGCUUCGGACGCCAGUGUUUGAUCAGAUCAUUGACAUGUUGAGAACAGAACAGGUGAAGAUACAUGCUGGCCCCAAGUUUGCAUCAUACCUGACUUUCAGCCCUUCUGAGGUAAAGUCUCUACGUACAGAGUAUGGAGAUAUGGAGUGCUGCAUAGAGGUGGUGGACAGCAUGUACGAGGCAGUGGAUCACAUCCAUAAAUAUGGCAGCUCCCACACAGAUGUGAUCAUCACUGAGAAUGAGGAGACAGCAGAGCAGUUCCUGCAGUUGGUAGACAGUGCCUGUGUGUUCUGGAAUGCCAGUUCACGGUUCGCUGAUGGAUAUCGCUUUGGUCUUGGCGCGGAGGUUGGUAUCAGCACUGCUCGUAUCCAUGCUCGUGGACCCGUAGGCCUGGAGGGGCUUCUCACCACCAAGUGGGUUCUGCGAGGGGAUGGCCACACAGCUGCAGACUUUUCUGAGCAAGGCAGUAUGAAGUUCCUGCAUGAGAAUCUGCCUGUUGCGCACCCCCAAACUGGACAUAGAACCUCCAGCUAGAGCCAGUCAAAAAUAAAUCCCUUUCAAGAUGCACAGCAUCCACUACUCGAAAGAACCCUACCUGGAUCCUGGGAAUUUAUAAUCUGAAAACAUAACAAGAAAUAGCAAAGAAUAAGAAGACUAAAAGUCAAUAUUUUAAGAUUUGAAAAGCUGGUGUAAUGCUCCAAGUCUGUUGAAUUUCCUUCUUCAAAAUUUACCAGUUGAUUUUAAAACUGCGGUUGAUUUUAAUACAACUUGCAAGUUGUAUUAACUUUCCACUGGAUGCUGUGGGUCACAUAUUGGAAGCAUUAAAAGCACAGAACCAUUUAAGAAUUGGUAGGCAAGAUUUCCUCUAGCUACAGAUGGGUAACAAAUUAAAGGAAAAAACAGAGCCAUGGUUUUGCUGGCAAGUUCUUCUGACUUAUCACCUUUAUCUUGAUGGGAGUGGUCUCUUCCAGGAUGACAGUGUCCCCAUUCACAGGGCAUGAGGGCUCACUGAAUGGCUUGAUGAGUAUGAAAAUGAUGUGAGCCGUAUGCUAUGGACUUCAAACAUUAAAUUUCAACCCAGUUAACCACCUCUGAGAGACUUCGGACCAACAUGUUAGGCAGCGUGCUCCACCACCAUCAUCAAAACACUGAUUGCGAUAAUAUCUUUUGGAAGGAUAGUGUUCAUCCCUCUAGCACAGUCCAGAGACCUGUAGAAUCUUUGCCAAGGUACAUUGAAACUGUUCUGGUGGCUCAUGGUGGCCUUAACAUCUUGCUAAAAUACUUGUUUUUUUGUUACUUUGUCACUUGUGUGUGGCUUGUGAGAUUUCUCCUCCUUGCUGAGACAUGCAGAUAUGUGGUUCUGUACAAUAUUAGAGUUAUAAAAUAAGUAUUUUGUGGAGCAAAAUCAAAACCUUAAGCUCAAAAUAGCAUUGUCUGUUAAAUCGUGCAUAGGCUUUUAUGUUCACGAAGCGAAGGAACCUGUGAAUCUCCGAAUUUCAGGCAAAGCCCAGUAAUGUAACUUUGAGGACCAUUUUUCCACAUUUAUGGGAAGUUGUCCUGUAAUGCUUUUGCUUUGUGCUGAAAUCAAAAUGGUUUUAUACUGUAAAUCUAGAAACUGAACGAGUGCAUCACCGCCUCGAGUUACUGUCUCGCAUUAGAAUGAUUGGACAAAUUCUAAAAGGUGCGGUCCUUUUAAAACCAAUUGCAUAUUAUUUCAUAUGGCAAUGGAUUUGUGUUAAUUUUGUAGCUUUUGUAUUCGUUUUGGAAUUCUGGUUUUCACCUUUGUAUGGUUGAAUGAUUAAAAAAUCACACUUUUUUUUUACUUGGCAGUGACCAGUAUGCUUUAAAACAAUAAACACUACAGAUUCAAACUCAAAGAAAACUAAAGAAAGACUUUGCAGUGACUGGCAUUUCCUGCUUACUGUGUUGCACUGUUAGCAAGUGUGUCUACAGCUGAUGAGUGUAUCUUCGUUAUGUGCAAGAGCUGUAACAUUCCAGAGUAGUGGCUUUUUGGUGCUUGACAUUAGGCAGUGAACAAUGAACAUGUUCAGUAAUUUGUAAUCUGAAUUGUACAUUAAAUUUUUGCAAAAUAA